AUGGCAUUCCAUAUUCUUCAAAAAGAAGCCCAAAAGGCAUCAAAUUUUGUGUUCUCCCCUUUGUCAUUUCAGUGUAUGCUGAACCUGAUUACUGUAGGCUCAAGAGGACCUACUUUGGAACAGCUGCUAUCCUUUCUUGGACUGAAAAGCAUCAACGAACUAAAUUCUUUGGCUUCACAGAUUGUUACUGCAGUAUUAUUUCCAUCAAAUGAAAGUGAGGACCUAACAAGAGGUCCGGUUGUGUCAUUUAUCAAUGGUGCUUGGGUGGAUCUAAGUUUCCAUUUGAAGCCUUCUUUCCAGGAGCUAGUGAAAGGAGUUUACCGUGCAACAGCCAAAGAGGUCGACUUUGUAAAUAAGGCUAAUCAUGUACUACAUGAAGUUAAUUCAUGGAUGGAGACUGAAACCAGAGGACUCAUCAAAAACAUCCUUCCGCAGGAGUCUCUAGGCAAUGAUACAGCUCUUGUCCUAGCCAAUGCACUCUACUUUAAAGGAGCAUGGGAUCGACAAUUUGAUGCAACGAAAACUAAAAAUAAAGACUUCCAUCUUCUAAAUGGGCAGAUUAUUCAAGUUCCUUUCAUGACCUGCAAGGCAUACCAUAAGCAUCUUUAUGGAUGCUUUGAUGGUUACAAAAUUCUCAAAAUUCCAUACCAAAAUGGUCAAGACUCCAGGCAAUUCUCGAUGUACUUUUUUCUUCCAGAUGCAAAAGAUGGCUUGCAAAAUCUAAUAAAAAUAUUCAGGUCCAAUCCUGAAAUCUAUAAUAAACAAUUCAAGUUGCAAGAAGAGGAUCUCCCUAACUUCUGGAUUCCUAGAUUCAAGUUCUCAUUUAAGUUUGAAGCUUCGGAAACCAUGAAGGAACUGGGGCUUGUGCUACCUUUUAGUCCUGAUGGAGGAUUUUCUGAGAUGGUUGAUUCCCCUGAGCUGCUUAUGCUAUCAAAAGUAUUCCAUGAGUCCUCUAUUGAAGUUAAUGAGGAAGGCACAGAAGCUGCAGCUAAUUGCUUUGUUGAUACGGAAAAACAACUAGAAUUACCAAAGAAGUGUCCAAGUCUGGCCAUCAGUUCUUUCCAAGUUGUCGAAGAAGACGAGGAGGCCAUAAUUUG